UAUACAAAAGUAGAGAAAUACGUUAUGAAUACAUGCUUCGUAAACGUCAAAGUCAAAUGUUGACAGUUGAAUAUUGAGUGAACGAGAAAUAAGUUUACAGAAACGAAAACAGCAUCGUUAUGAAUGAGAUGGCAAAUGAUUUUAUAUGGGUUCGCCAACUUGGAUGCCCACCAACAGUAUUCAAUGAUUUGAUAAAGAAAACAUUGUGUAAGGGAGUAUUGAAGCUCCUGUGGGAGGAUAUUUCCAAUUCUGUAUUUCCUAUGGAAGAAGUAUGUAAAAUAAGGAAAAAUAUUUUGUUGUACAAAUUAAAGCAUGGAUUGAACGAUUCUACAAUUACAUCUAUAAAACAUUUAAAUCAAUUAAGGUCUAAAGAUAAUGCAUUGAAACAACAAAUAUCUACGUUAGAAAAGGAGUAUGAAGAACAAGAUUAUAUUGUCAGACAAAAAAUGCAACAGAUGAAAGACAUAAAGGACAAACGUUCAUUGAUUGGUAUAAAAAAAGAUUUUCUGAAAUUAAAACAUGAUGAAACCAGUAAACAGUUGAAAGAUUGCGAUGAUAUGAGACGAGUAUGUCAACAUUUAAUGCCAAACACUUCCAAAGACAUAGAUCAACAGAAAUUGAGAGAAAAUCUGGACACAAUAAUAGAUUUGCGUUCUACUGCAAAUAAAAAGCAAGUAUGGCAGAAGAUAUCAAGCUCUCUUGGUUCUAUCAAUGCACACACAUUAUGGACAUACUUGUAUCAAUCACUAUCAUUAGACUUGGACAAAUUAAUGAAGUUGGAGAUCAAAAAUGAUUCCAGCAGCUCGACUGUAACAGGCGAAGAUUUAGAUAUCGGUAUUGCAAGAUUAUGUGGUCAAAAUAUAUGCUUGAUAUCAAAACGUGUAUUGUCUGAUGCUAAAGUUAAAGCAUGUCAGCAACGUUUAAUGGAACUCAUAGAAUCAAUCGAGUCAUUAUCGUCUAAUCAUGAAAAUGUAAGCACAUGGUUAGUUUUGACAUUGGAGGUGAAAAAAUUAGAAACUGCACAAGCAUACUUGCAAAACGAAGUACAAGAAUCAAAGAACAAUGCCGAGCAAAACAUUUCGCUUAAUCACGAUAUAGCUCGAUUAACGACUGAUAUAGAAACGAUUGAUGCACAGAUGGACGAAUAUGUAAAAAAUAUUCAGCAGUCUAUAGCCAUUUUCAACUCUGCGACGUCGUUUAUACUUAAAGCAAAAGAAAAGUCGCAUUACGGAUUACAGAAGAUAGUGGCAUUACAGUCCGAUAACUAUGAUUCAAAUUGCUUGAAUAACGCAUUGGAUAUCGAGCUGGAUGUGUUUUAUUAUAAUUUAGAUCUCAAAGCUUUGCGAAAAGUGAUGCUGAAAGGAGAUGUGGGACAAUACAGACAUACAAUCUGUAAUCUCAAUGAAACCUCCGUUACCACGAUCAAACCGCAAUGGGGGAGAAUUAAAACUUACUUCCCAAUGAUACAGAUGCCAAUAUACUGUCUCAUAGAAUGUUAUAGGAAUGCGAUUGCUAAUAUAUUUUAUACGAAGCUACAUUGUUCCACAUCAAUCCAAGACUUUAAUCAAAGCACCGAUAGAUUAGUAUCACGAGAAAAAUAUGAUCACAAUAGCCUGGAGCUAUUAAACCGUGCCAGCAUCGUUUACGAUCAGGCGCGCGAAGAGAUUGAACAUUUUUAUGCAGUUUUAAAAACUUGGACGCAUCAAGAGGUUCAAGAAGCGAUGGCGCUUAUCGAAACGACUGUAGACAAUGUGUCUUUUAAAGAUUGGUUGCAACGUUACAACAUAUUAUUAUAUAUGAUACAAAAUAGUAGUAAAUGAUUGAAAUGUGCAUCUACUGUAUUUUAUUACCGUUUAAGUUGUGCUAUUAUCACGCGUGUACAAAGAUUCUUAUAUAAAUAUAAUGUAUUUUUAUAUCAAAUA